AUGCCAAGUUUGAUUCGUCCAUCUUGGUUUCGUAUUAAAGAUAUUAGUCAUACAUUGAACUUUUUUAAAGAUUCCGAAAAGAAAACACCACAUGAUCUACGUAAUCAGUAUAUAAGUACACGUUUAUUUAUUGUUCUAUUCAUAACUUCUAUUCUCAUUCUUAUUCUCUAUGCAUCACUGGAACAGGAAGUGUUAACUAAAAGAGUACAACAGCCAAGUUUUACUGACUAUACUGAACUUAAUCAAUACUAUAAACAGACACUUGUUUGUCCAUGUAGUACAAUUUCAGUUUUAUAUGAAAAGUUUAUUUCAUUUCAACCAACGUAUCACCAAAUAUGUCAUUCUGAUUUUGUUAAUGAACAAUGGAUAAAAUAUUCUUACCUACGACAAGAAACACGCGGUCCAUUUUUCGAUCUUCUGAUUGCUCAAUUAUUUCAAACAUUAUCAACGUUUUGUCUGUUGAGUAAACAGAUAAUCACAGACGAACGUUUAUCAUUUAAUUCCAUAACAUUUAUAACAGGAACACUAAUACCGGAACAAACUUUCAGUCAACAAGCCCUUGGAUUCAUUAGUACAUUUCAAGAAAAAAUUAAGAGUUCAUUUUCAGCAUCAUUAGCGUUGAUAAGAGGUACAACACAAGGGAACGCAUUAUUCACAAUAUUACAGACAAAUUACUUUUUAAGUUUUGUUCCGGACUCAGAUUCACUUGUUAUUGCAUCUCGCUCCUAUGAAAAUUGUUCCUGUCGGCUGUCGUCCCUGUGUUCGACAGAAAUUGAUAUUUGGUAUAACAACACAAUUGUUUUGAAUAUUCCCGGGUUACGUAUGGGUUGUUCUAUAAUAGAAGCUCUUCUUCAAUCAAAUCUUAUCUUUUUCUACAAUCAAUCGCUUUUAAAUCAAUUACAAACGUAUCUUUUUCACAAUGAUCAAUUUAAUAUAAGUGUAACAGCACUCGAUCCAUCUCUGCCAACUAAUUACACACCUGCAACAACAAUUGGUGAUAUUCUUAAAAUGUUAAUGAUUGAAGAUUGGAAUUUUCAUAUAUCAUAUGAAUCCUAUUUUAGUACAUGUCAACCAAUUUCAUGUGCAUACAAUAUCAUUGCACAUAACAACUUCAUUUAUAUUAUUACAACAGCGUUUGGAUUAAUCGGAGGAAUUGCAACUGCUCUGAUGUUUUUGAUUCCAUUGAUCGUCGGAUUCAUUCGCCGACGAAAUAAAAUUUCAGCUGUUAUUGAUGAUGAAAUAAAUACAGGACCACCAAAUCUAUUUCAAGAUCGUAUUCGUCUACUGUGGUCUCGUAUCAACGAUAAAAUUCGUACGUUUAACAUCUUCAAAAAUCCAGAAAAGAAAACUACGUAUGAUUUAACCAAUCAAUAUUAUGCUACUCGAUUAUUUAUUCUGUGUCUUACAAUAUCUAUGGUCAUACUUAUCAGUUAUACCACUUUGACAACUGUUACAAUAACUGUUAAAAUUGAGCAACCAACAUCAUUUGUUUUUUUACAGCAGCUGUAUCCAAAAUAUAAUCAAACACUUAAUUGUCCAUGUACACAAAUAUCAAUUGAAUACAAAGAAUUUAUAUCAUUUCAACCAACAUUUCAUCAAGUAUGUUCAAGUGACUUUAUCAGUCAGUCAUGGUUUAAUUAUGAUCCUGUAGAUUUCUCAAUGGUCGCACUUGAUUUUCGUGUCACAAUGUCCAGUUCAUUUCUAGCAUUAUUAACAUUCUGUAAAUUAUCGAUUGAAACAAUUCAGAAUACUCUUUUAGUUUUUAAUUCAUCAACAUUUGUUACAUCAAAUGUCAUAUCGGAAAAUCUAUUUCAAGUGCGAGCUGUUGAAUUUAUUUCAUUAUUUCAAGAGACAACAAUUAAAUCAUUUCAAAAUUCAUUGAAAAUGAUUAGUGAAACAACGCAAGGUAACGCAUUGGCUGCUUCCAUAUAUAUUGUGCUCGAUAAUUCAUCACAUCAAUUACUGUCUGUUUCACCAUUUUUUUCUAUCAACAACAAUACUGGUGAAAUAUGUUGGUGUAAAGUUAAUAAGUCAUGUGUAAUUGAUAGUGCUAUUUAUAGUCUCUGGACUCCAGAUUAUACAGAUAUACCAACUUUGUUCAACAUUCCACACUUUUAUAUUGGUUGCUAUAUUAUAGAGUCAUUACUUUUAUCCACUCUUGAAUGUUUUUUUAAUCAAUCUUGUUUGGAUUCAAUCAAUACAUAUUUAUAUAGCAUGUCAUUAUAUCCGUUUAAUGCAACCAUAAUGAACUCAUCUUUAGAAAGUCAAUACAAAAUAAGCACACCGAUCGGUGAAAUUGUUCAACAAUUAAUGAUUGAACAAUGGAAUGAUCAAAUAUUCUAUGAUCAAUAUUAUUCUGCAUGUCAACCAAUUGAAUGUACUUAUACAUAUCAAAAACAAGCUGAUUUAAUCUACAUGAUUACCACCAUUAUCGGCUUAUUAGGUGGAGUUACAACUGUUUUAAAGUUAUUAAUACCAUCAUUCGUUUCAUUUCUAAGCCGAGAAAAGGAUCGAAAAGCAGCAACAGAUACAACAUCGCCGUCUCCACAAAUCAUCUAUUCAUCUAGUCAAAAUUUAACUCAAAUUGUUAAAGUUAAACAACCAACAUUAUCGAUUUACAAUGAAUUGUAUCGAAAAUAUUCACAAACACUUCAAUGUCCAUGUUCUAAUAAUGCAGUUGACUAUCGAAAAUUUGUUUCAUUUCAACCUAAAUAUCAUCAAAUUUGUCAAUCAGACUUUAUUACUAUGCAAUGGAUAAAUAACAUUGGGUAUAACGUAUCAUUAGCUGUCAUAACAAACGAAGAUGAUUUUCGACAAACAGCAAGUGUUGCAUUUCAACUAUUAUCAAAAUUAUGUGAGUUAACUCAAGAAACAGUUAGUUAUCAGUUAGGUAUUUUUAAUUCAACAAAAUUCAUAUCAGUUAAUGUUAUUUCAAACACUUCACUUGAAUCGCAAGCAGAAAACACUAUUAAUACAUUUAAACAAACAACAAUAAAUACAUUUAAAAGAUCAUUACUAUUAAUUAAAAGUACAACACAAGCAAAUACAUUAAUGUCUUAUCUAUUAACAAAUACAAUGCUAGUGGCGGCGCAUCCAGCAGAAUAUGCAUCGUAUAUGGAUUAUAUUUAUGAUUAUGAUCGCAUUUAUAACACAACAACGAAUGAAUCAUGUAGUUGUAUAGAAGCACCUAUUUGUUUUCAACAAGCUGCUAUUUAUAGUAUAAAUUCUCCUUAUUAUGAUAAUCCUUAUUAUUUUUAUGUUUCGAGUAACACAGCACUUAUUUUUCGUAUACCAGGAAUUUACGUGGGAUGUUAUAUUGUUGAUGCUGUAUUACAUUCUGAUCUUCAGUGUUUCUAUGAUCAAACGUGUUUAUCAUCAUUACUCAAUGCUAUACAAUAUCCAUUAAAUAACAAUGUUACACUUCUCAAUUCGUCUUUAACAACUCGAUAUAAUACAACAACAACAAUUGGUGAACUGGUACAAAAUUUAAUGAUUGAACAGUGGAAUAAUAAAACAUCACAUGAAUUCUAUUUCAAUACCUGUCAACCACAAUAUUGUACUUAUGCCUAUAUCAGUCGAAGUACACCGAUAUUUACCAUUACAACAAUCAUUGGUUUAAUUGGUGGACUUACAAAAGUUUACAAACUUUUAAUACCAUUGAUUGUACGUUUGAUUCGUCGAUACAUUUGGUGGCCAUAUUUUGAACGAAAACUAGUGUGGAGCAAUAAUAUCGUUGCUCCUGUACCGCAAGCAGUUUCAGUUUCUCCUGUAACUGUUGGUGAUGAUAAACUUGCAACAAUCUCAAUAUAA